AAACGGGAGUGCUGCCGUGCCGUCGUCGUCGGUCGUCGUUGAGACCUUCGACGAGAUCCAACAAAGUGAACGUGCGCGAUUCCUGGAAAAUUUUCCAAAACAAAAAUCCUCUCCCGCGUACCGUUUUUUCCCCUCAGCAGCAACUCAGCAGACGACGACGACGGGGUGUCGGAAAAAUUUAUCGAUUUUGGGAAAAUUUCUCGUCGCAAAGCAGCAGCAGCAGCACAGCGCGUUCCGCGUUCCGUUCCCCACAAAGUGUCCACGUCCUCCGAGCUACCUCGCGCGGGGUGGAGAGUAACGACGGCUAACAAAAGUGUGCACAAGAAGAACUGGUGUCGUCGGUUUUUUUCCCUAGUUUCAAGAUUAUUUUUCAUUUUUGAACGGACCUGGAAGGUCCGUACGGGCGAAUCAUGAACGAACGCGCCCAUUUCGCCAAAAAAUACAUCGUUUGUGAAAUUGUGGGACCGCGCGUCGUCGUCCGUUUGUAGGCCCCCGUGUUUGAUCGUGUUCACAAAGUUCUUUUUGCACUGUACAGUGCCGAGCUGAGCUGCCUGUGUAUGCACACAUGUGUGCGUGUGAUGUGUAUGUGCCGUGCGCUGGAUGGAUGAGAUGGAUGGUUGGAUGGGAGAGAGUGCUUUUUCCGGUUGAAUUUUUCCUAUUCGUUUGCACUGAACGUACAAGUGUGUGUGUGUGUAAAACCGUUCGUCGAAGCGCGCAGUAACCAUUGCGUGAAAAGAGUGUUCGCUCGGUUUGAAAAGUACUGUUUUUUUUCUGUUGUUUUUCACUUCGUGAGAGUCUGGGAGAAACGUUUUGAGUUUGAAUGAGCGAGCGUGAGCGUGAGUCGGUUGGCGAGCCGUGAAGCGAACGAGCGUUUUGUGAGCGCUCGAAGUGUGCAAUGAGAGCGAGUGUGAGCGAGUUGCUCGUUUGACGGUGUGUGCGUGUCUGCGACUGGCACUGGACUUGGACUGCGGCGACACACGAGAGAAAGAGUGUGCUCUUUUUCGCAAGCGAGUUUUUUUUUCUCAUGCGCUCGGCUUCUCGGGGCCUGCUUUGCCAGCGCGAAAGAAGGGAAAUUUUUAUUAUUCGAAAGAAGAGUGUAAUAAUACUCCACAAUACGGGAGCCGUGUACAGCGCGUUUUGGUGUGGUGUCUCGUGUGCUGCGUUGCGCUCCGUGGAGGAAAAUAAGACGGAGAUAAUAUCGACUUCUUUUUUCCGUUCCGUGCACUUUUGUGAGCCGCUCGUUUAUUCGAAUUAUAAAUAUAAUUUCUGUGCCAUAUAUUUAUGUGGGAAUGAAGGAAAUCAAAAGGAUGUGCGCGAAUUUGUACGUUUAACUCGAUAUUUAUAUUUUGGUUUUCCUUUUUUUUUUUGCUCGCUAAUUCUAAAGGAGGAAAAAUUAGUGUACAUAUACGAUUGCCAGUGAAGUUAUUUUGAUCGGUCCGAGAAGCGCCCUUAGGUGGCGCGUGGGAAGAGUGUGAGGAAAGCGGAAGAAGAGAAGAGCAUAAGUUAGUGUGGGAUACAGUGUGAAGUGUGUUAAUUGCCGCGCUGCUGUAACAACCAAAGGAUAUAACCCAGGAAGUGGUGUGGUACGACGUACGUACACAGACGAAGUAAAAGGAGAGUCGAAAGAAUAAAGUGCGGGCGUUCGAGGUAAAGUUUACGCAACCAUCAUGUCGGAGCACCAUCGCGGUGCUUGGGGAACCCGAGACGAGGCCGUAUGGUGGCCCAGUGGUAUCUCGUCGACGGAUCAGCAAACGAUUCAGCAUCACCAACAUCUUCUGAACCAGCAUCAUCAGCAGCAGCUCGCCCAGCAGCAGGCACAAUUGCAACAUCAGGUUGCCGUGCAGCAGCAGCAGCAGCAACAGCAGCAACAACAACAACAACAGCAACAGCAGACCCAGGCACACAGUAACGAUAAUGCCCGAAGCAAUAGUACAACGUCAACGUCCGCAACUCAGCAGCUUUUCUCCUACAAAAUGGCUAACAGCUUUCAGAAUCCGGUUACGACAAUAUCGGGCGUAACGGUGUCCACCGCAAAUUCUCCCUACGACUACCGUCUCGGAAUGAGCACAGCCGGGGUCGUAUCCAGGCCCGGUGAUCCACCGACGAUGGCCAGUACUGCACCGACCACCCAGUGGUGGUACCCCGGAGGACAAAAUGCUCUUGACAAUUCCCUACAGCAACAGCAGCAGCAGCAACAACAGCAACAGCAGCAGCAGCAACAACAGCAGCAGCAGCAGCAACAACAGCAGCAGCAACAGCAGCAACAACAUCAGAAUCAAACACACGUGCAGCAGACGCAGAACAAUGCGAUCCAGAACAAAAUGGGCGGCGGGGGCGGUGGCAACCGGCCCGUCAAGGACAAUAAACCAAGGGGGCGCAUGACAGCGUAUGCCUUUUUCGUACAAACCUGCCGCGAAGAGCACAAGAAGAAACACCCGGAGGAGCAAGUCAUAUUCGCCGAAUUCUCCCGGAAGUGCGCAGAACGGUGGAAGACGAUGCUGGAUAAGGAGAAACAGCGCUUCCACGAGAUGGCCGAAAAGGACAAGGCGCGAUACGAGCUGGAAAUGCAGAGCUACGUUCCACCGAAGGGUACCGUCGUCGGCCGUGGCAAGAAGCGAAAGGCAUUCAAGGAUCCGAAUGCCCCCAAGCGGUCACUGUCGGCAUUCUUCUGGUUCUGCCACGAUGAACGGAACAAGGUGAAGGCCCUGAAUCCGGAGUACGGUGUCGGUGAUAUCGCCAAGGAGCUCGGCCGAAAGUGGUCCGACAUGGACGCGGAAGUCAAGUCCAAGUACGAGCAGAUGGCGGAGAAGGACAAGCAGCGAUACGAGGCGGAAAUGACCGAAUACAAGCUAAAAUGCAAAAACGAGCAGCAGGGUGGCGGCGGAACGGCGCUUAACCUCGGCGGACUGCAGCAAACCGGCCUCCAGAAUCUGCCCCAGCACGUGCAGCAGGUAGCGGCAGCUCAGCUGCAAGCCCAGGUGCAGCAGCAACUGGCCGCCCAGGCGGCAGCGGCAGCAGCAGCCGCGGCGGCCCACCAUGCCAACGACGACGAUGACGAUGGCGACGGUGAUGAGGAUGAUGACGAGUAAAAUCAAGCUUUCGAUUUGUAUUAUAAAUAUUUUCUUACGAUGAUAUUAAGCAACCGGCAACAGCAGCAACAACAGCAACAGCAACAACAACAGCAGCAACAUCAGCAACAACCACCAUUGGUGGCAGGAGGAACAGGACAGUCGGCUCUACUCGCCAGCUUGAUCAACCAUCGACGACAGCAGCAGAAGAAAAAACCUCCCAACAACAGCAGCAACUGUGACGACGAUGGUGAGCCAGAGCGCGACUAGUUCUAUCCCACCCGCCGCCCCGGUGGUGGCUGUAAUUAAGACAUGUAACCAAACAAAACAAACAACACACAUCCCGUCUAGCGGACAAUCUCCAGGAAGCCUCCGGUGAAUGAGGGAAUCCACUCUCGUUCCGUCAUUUGCCGCUUCACAGCAGUAGUAGUGUUGUGAGUAGGAUUUCCGGAUGCUGUUCUUGAAAGUAAAACAAAAAAAAAACUACAAUAUUCCUUCCACGCGAAACAAGAAAACAAAACAAAAAAAAAAGGUGGCAAACAUUUCUUGAAUGUUGUUCCCCCGGGGGCAAAAGCGGAGUAAAUUGUAUUCGAAAAAAGUGGUAUUUUCACCAUCAACCCGCGAUCGCGGGUUUUUCGGAAAGCAGUUCUCGAAAACGGUGAAAUCAAUUGAAGCUCUAAUCAACCCCCGGUUUAAUUUUUUUUCUGAAGGAAUAAUUUAAUAAUGCAUAACGUAUUUUCUUUUAGUUGGAUAAAUCAAAAAAUCAGUGAAAACUAGCUAUCAAUUAGAAAAGGCAUUCGAAUCGGGUGAGCCCCCCCACUGGUAGUUCACUGAGACAAACAAACAAAACAAAACAAAACAAACAAGCACACAUUGACAGAAAAAAAAGUUAAGGAAAUAUUUCUCAAUACAAAAUGAGAAAGGUUGAUAAUGUUAUAAGCAAAGAGAAAGGAAAGAUAGACAGACAGUAAGAGAGAGAGAGAGCAAAGUAACAACUACUAAAACGUAAAGUUUUAGACACCCGACGUACGCGCGGACUUGCCUGUCACAGGGCUUUUGAUUGAUGGCCCGGCCCGGCAAGUGCUGCGCGAUAUUAGCAGGAAAGCAAGAGAGAGUAUAAACGGAAGUGAAUGACGUGUGUUGUGUGGGCUUAUUUGUAUUAUAUUAAGUGCAGAGGAAAAAAAAUGAGGUAGAGAAGUAGAGAGAGCAUACUAAGCCGAUUAAUUCAUAAACCGUGUAUGGUUUUAGGUACCAUACAUGUAAGCAAACAAAACUGUCAUCCCCCCUUUUUCCCACACACACACACAAACACACAGACAUGCUUUUUGUUGCUUAUUUUAGGACGGAAUGAACAUUGUAGUAACAUUAGAAGACACAAACCCACACACACUUUUCCUUUGAAUGUUGUUUUUCUUUUUUCAUAACAACACAAAUUUCGAUGCAUUAUUUGUAGAACAGAACAAACUAAAAAACCAACUCUAAACAACUAUUGUGUUUGGAUGAGAGGAAAAAUCCCAGAGCAAAAAAAAGGAUCUCUUAAUUUUUUUUUUCUUUUGGGGCAAAGAUUUUUGUUUGAUCGCAGCAAUCCGUUUUUUUCACACAAACUUGACUGACGCGUGUGGCGCGUGUCGAUUUUUCUUGAUUUCCAUGACAACACGAUACGUGGGUAAACAAGUUUCCACUAUUUAGUCCAAAUUUUUCACUCUUGUCGCUGUGAUUCUUGUGCCCAACAAUUCAGUUUUUUCUCAAUUAUUUCGAUAGUAAUCCUUCUUCUUCCGGGUUUUGCUACUUAAGAAGGUAAGCACAUUUUUGUCCCCCUCUUGUCCAAUUCGUAAAAGCUUUCGUCAUCCAAAUUAUUGUGUAAUUUCGUUGUUACUAUCAAUCAGAUGGAUCUAAUUACUUUGAUUUUGUUAUGUCUAUUACUACACUAGCAAGCAGUAACGAGUGCGUGCGAAUUGUGUGCGUGAAGGUGUGUCCGAAGCAAAAGCAAAAAAACAAAAAAUCAGAACAGGUUCCAAACAAAUGAAAAAAGAAACAAAAAACAUAAGUAAUGUUUUUAGAUUAGCGCCCCCCAAACAGAGAUUAGUUCGUUAGUUGAAAUAAACUGAUACAACUGAUAAAAAUCAUCAUCAUCAUGAUAAAACAACAAAGCAAAAAAGGUAAAAAAAGGUUAGGAGAAAAGUCGCAAUUUAAAGCGAUCGAUUUCUUCGACGAUGACGACCGAAAAAGAGACAAACAACAGUGGUUUAUAAAUUAGUUAUUUUUUCCUUGAGGCGAGAAAUCUCUUAAAAUAUAUUUUCUGACGAUUUAUUUUUUUUCUCACUGAUAGAAAUUCCUUUAUUUUUAUUAUUACUGAUUAACGUAGUCCUAAGUUCGAUCUAUACAAGAAUGCAUGUGCUCUUGAUCAGUGUUAAGUGAUGAAAACGCGAGAAAACGUAAGCAGCAGCAGGCCGCGCAGCAUCAGUGAGUGGUUAAAAUUCGCUGGCUGCGCGCGCGCGCCUACUAGAUUGUGGUUUGAGUGUGAACGCGAACAAUAAAAUACCUACAAAAAUAAGAAAUUAUUUAGCAGUAAGAGUGCAAGUGAGAGAACUUUUCGCUGAAACUAUUAAAGAAAAGAAAGGCGGUUACUGAAACACUGGAAAUAAGAAGAGAGAACAAAACAUGAAUGAUUUGAGGAGGAAGUAAAAAAACCGCCACAAAAAAGAAUGAAAUGAAGAAAAAAACGCAUUGAAUAAGAUACAAGUUUGAUCGUAAGUUAGCUAACACGGACACACUUAUCUCUCAAUGUAAAUAUUAACGAAAAGAAGAGUGGACAGGCAAAGCAUAAGAAAAAAAAAUUCUAGACAAAAAUCCAUACCCAAUAGAAAACCGCGCGCUCUCCUCGGACUCACUCCGGAUAAAAUAGGUUGCGAAGUGCGUGAAAGGAGAGAACCAUCUUAUUUGGAGAAUAGAAAUCAGAGUUUGGUCGGAAAAAAGAAAUAAAAAAGAAAGGGCGAACAAAAAUAUACCUAUAAAUAAAGGAAAAACACGCAUUAUAAACAAAUUAUUACAAAAAAAAACAAGUAAAAAGGUAAAUAAUUAACAAGUAAGUUUUAGUAAAAAUAAACAGCCAGAUAAAUUAAAAAGUAACAGGACGAGAAUGCAACAACGGGCGGCAAGAGACACGAAGCAAACUAAUAGUGGAGCGAGCUCUUGUGUGCACACUUUGAGCAGAAACAAAAAUCACACGCGUUGAUUCAAGUAUUUAAAACAAAAGCAGAAACCAGACAACAAACAACAGAAGAAGAAAAAAACACAGACACACAUGCAUGCAACGCAACGCGCAGGCAAAGAACAAGAAUGUUAUUGAAAAAAAAAGACAAGAAAGGUGGAAAUCGACGACGACGACGACGACUCCCUCUCUCUAUCUGAGAAAGGGGGGCAGUGGUACCGUAGGAAAAAAUCCAGUAAAAAAGUAAAACAAAAUAUUUAGUGAUCGGUAGCAGAAAACUGAUGAAACACACCUAAAACUUGCAUAUAAUUCAAACCAACCAACAAACAAACAGCAUAAAAACUAAAACAAAUCGGACGACCUUUUUAGAGCAGCAGCAGCAGCAGUGUUGAGACAAACGAAGCAAAUAAAACGAAACGCUAAGAAAAGACAAAGAUGAUUGACGCUCACAACAACAACAACCACUCAACUCUCACUUUGAUUGAUGAAACAACACCGACAAAAACCGAUUCGCAAUUCGACAAAAAAAAAAACAGGAUAAAACCAAACACACACCACAAUACACACAUACAUACAGAAGCAGACAACAUUAAGGCAAAAAAAAGUAACAUCUCGAUCCCCCUUCUUUUGUAUAUGUAAUACUGUACGUACGUUAAACACAUGUAAUUUUACUGAAGACAAAAUAAAAUGAAAUUA